GAGAGAUGACAAACAACAGGGAUGCACAGCACUAUGGCCAGAGGAUUAUUUUUACAGGCCCAGAUGGAGUUGGCGACUACAGACCACGGCUUUGCGACUUCCCCCAGUACAUCGGAGAAGGCGGAGGGUCCUCGGAGGCCACGGGGGACCUGGGUUACCUGUGGAGAGCCGCCCCCCACACCCUUCCCCACAGGUCACGGGACAGCUACGUAGGCGGUGUGGGCUGGGGAUGGUACUACAACCAGAGUCUAAACCAGGACGCUUUACUCAGCAACAUGCAAAUCAAGAAAACCGACAUCCGCGCUGCAGUGGAAGACACACUGGCUCAGCGCUUCCAACCAUCUCCACGUUUCAGGAAAAAGACAGCAUCUGACUCACAACUUCAAGCACACAAAAAGUUUUCUCGGGAGGAUGGGCGUUGAUGACAGAUGGGACGAUGCAACUUUGAUUCAACUUUGUUCCAUUUUUAAUCUGGCAACUAUUUCAAUUUUAGAAAUGGCUUAGAGCAAUGACUGUAUAAAUGCUGCCAAUUUGCACUCUGAAGUUCGUUUCGAUUUUGGUGAGAAGAUAAUAGGCAAGAUCUCUUUUCUGAUUAGAUGCGAUGACUUCAGAAUCCAGACAGUGCUACGCCGUGCAGGACUCAAACAAUGUGACUAAAGAGAAUGGACUAAAGAGAAUUUUACUAAAGCACAGACUCAGUUACAUUUUUGAGUAAAUUUACUUGAGUGAAAAUAUUCUUCAGUAAAAGUUCUGGUUACUUUCCCACUGUGACAAAUCCAAUUCUAAAUGUGACAAAAGGUUUAUGUUGACAAUAUGAAAUUAUUUGAAUAUUUGAGUUUCUUGCACUGCUCCUUCAUUCUUAUGUGCUUGUGUUUGCUACAUAGUUAUAAUCUACGACACCUGUGGAUCAUUAUGUUAUCAUUUACUCAUUUUAAAUUGCAAUACUCAUCUAAAACAACUUAAUAAAAAAUCA